GCGCUGACAUGYUKUCUUUAUCUAUGCAUUGUAUUGACRCAAGCCGUAUGGGUURUAUGGGUAUCAUUGUUUCAACACAGGAAAAURCACAUUGUGUUMUUUUGCGUAUAACAUAGUUUUUUCUCAUUUGCGAUUAUUCCGUGCUGAAAAAAAGUAACAUCGUGUUGGCGACGUUAGGCGCGAAGCCUAAAAAAKAAUUUUAGUAGAUAAGUAUUGUGGGCAUGAGCUACUUUUCGUUAUUCAAUUUUGAUUAUCGACAUCAAAAAUAAAGAUAGAUAUAUCUGUUUCAGUUGAUUUUUGCUGACAUGAGCCCAAGAAAAAGUCAGUUUUGGACUCACUUUUGGAAAGCGUCGGAGGGUAAGGUAAAAUGUCUAUUGUGGCGAACCAUUAUCAGUUAAAAAUAGAUCUACCUCUUCACUUAUCAGGCAUAUAAAUCAAAAACAUCCUACUCAACCAAUCAGUAGACAAACAGUAGCAGAAGCCCCAAUUAAAGAAAAUAAUUGUUCAAGUUCCGAUCAACAGUUACAACGUCGCUUGCCAUUUAAGAUGGCUCCGAAGAAAAGUCCAUUGUGGGCUCACUUUUCGAAAGAGUCGGAUGGCAAGGUACAAUGUCUCUCUUGUGGACAAGAAUUAUCAGUUAAAAAUAGAUCUACAUGCACACUUAUCCGGCAUAUAAAGAAUAAGCAUCCUACUCAUCCAAUCAGUAGGCAAACAGUCACAGAAGUCCCAAUUAAAAAAGAUAAUUGUUCAAGUUCGCAUCAACAGUUACAACGUUGCUCGACAUUUAAAAUGGCCCCCAAAAAGAAGAAAAGUCAGCUUUGGACUCACUUUUCGAAAUCGUCGGAGGGGAAGGUAAAAUGUCUCUAUUGUGGACAACAAUUAUCAAUCAACAAAAAUAAAUCAACAUCCUCACUUGUCCGGCAUAUAAAGCAUAAGCAUCCGACUCAACCAAUCAGAAGACAAAUAGUAACAGAAGCCCCAAUUAAAGAAGAUAAUUGUUCAAGUUCUCAUCACUUGUUGCAUGCAGCAGAAGAUUCUGCUCAAUAUCCAUUAUCAUCAGGAGGAGGUAAAUUGCAGGUCAUCACCAGUUACAGUCAAGAACCUCUGUCAAUUGGGAAACAAAAAGAAAUUGAUAAACAGUUAAUGUUCAUGAUUGCAAAGGAAUUUCAUCCUUUCAGCAUCGUCGAGGAUAAAGAAUUUAAACGCCUGCUUUAUUUACUAAAUCCUAAUUACAAAGUUCCCACGAGGAAGAUAGUUUCAAAUUUGAUGAUUCCAGCACUUUACAAUGAAGCACUUGAAUUAGUUAAAAGUCGUUUAGAUAGAGCAUUUGCGGUAUGUCUAACAACUGAGGGCUGGACUUCCCGCACAAAUGACUGUUUUUACAGUGUUACCGCCCAUUAUAUUGUAGAGGAAAGCAACAAUACCUUCUUGUCUUCCGAUUUGCUAGGAUGUAUAUCUUACACGAAAAAUCACACUGCUGAAAAUAUAGCAGACAAGCUUAGAGAAGUCAUAGAGGAAUGGAAAUUGACUAAUAAAAUAGUUGCCGUUGUGUCAGAUAAUGAGGCAAAUAUGAAAGCAGCUGYUCGUAUAGGCGGGUGGARUCACUGGGGUUGUUUUGCWCAUUCUUUAAAUUCGGUUGCUCAAUCAGGUUUGAGUGAAAUUAAAGAAGUUGUAGAAAAGAUAAAAAAUAUAGUUGGUUAUUUCAAAAGCAGUAGCCAGGCCCUUUCUCAACUACAAGCUUCUGCAGUAGGUAUGGACAUGCCUGAAAUAAAAUUAAAAAAUGAAGUAGCAACACGCUGGAACUCUACCUACGACAUGAUAUAUAGAGUGUUACAGAUGAAAAAUGCCAUUAUCUUUACUUUAUCUGUUUUAAAAACAUUAUCGCUUAGCAAGCAACACGAUGAUCUUGAAUUGAUUACUCAACUUCAUGAUGAUGAAUGGAUUGUGGCAGAACAAGCGAUAAAAGUACUGGAAAUUUUCAAUUUGGUGACACUCGCCAUAAGCUCAGAGCAAAAACUUAAUGCUUCUUCUAUCAUAUUUUAUUAUAAGCAGAUCAGUAAAGAUUUAAAUUAUACUGAUUUAAAUGAAGUUAUGCCCCAAGUUAGAAAUAUGGUAGAAAAACUUAAAUUUGAACUGCAGAACCGCUUUUCAGAUAUACAAGAAAACAAUUUAAUAGCUCAAGCAACUAUUUUGGACCCCAGAUUUAAAAAAUUAGGGUUUAUAGACGAGGAAGGGUACAAACGCGCUGUAGAAAACUUAUAUACAGAGGUAGCUAACACUACACUGGCUGAUGAGAAUGUAGAAAAUAAAAGAUGUGAUAGUUUUAUUAAAAGCGAACCAAUAGACCAAAAUAUUACACUUGAAAAAAUCUUUAUUGAUGUUUUAUGGAAUGACUUUGAUGCGGAAGUUCGACAACACUUAAAGCCGAGCAAUUCCACAAUAUCUGCCAUUGAAGAAGUUAAUAAAUAUUUAGAGGAAAGUAUUUUACUUAGAAAGGAUUCCUCAGGAGUAUGUCAAGAUCCUUUUGUCUGGUGGCAUCAAAGGAAGCACAUAUACCCAAAACUAUACCAAAUUAUGAAAACGCGACUAUGUAUAAUGGGUACAUCUGUCCCGAGCGAGAGAAUAUUUUCUAAAGCAGGGCAGAUAGUUAGUGCAAAACGGGAGAUAUUGAAAACCGAUAAAACAUCUCAACUAGUUUUUUUAAGCUAUAAUUUAAAUAAUUGUAAUUAGUCUGUUUAUCAAAAACAACUUACUUUAAGUUUUUUACAAGCAACUUUUAUUUUUAUUUCAGAAUUUGCUGCUGGUUUUUACUAUUUUGUAAUAGUAAUAGUUGUUUGUUAAUUUUUUCUUUUCUUUAAUAUACUUAUUUGGAACUCUGUUUUAUGUAGAAUAAAUGUAAAUAAUUAAAAUAUAUUGAAUUUUAAAG